GCCAUAUCCAUUUGUGAUAUUUCAAAAUGAAAUUAAGAAUAUUUUGAAGAAAUAAUUCUAGGGUUCAUAUCCCCCGAUUUGAUUUUAAUCUUCCUCGAAUUCUCCCCAAUGGAGCCUUGCUCCCAGUGUCCUUGUAUCGAUGGAGAAAAUGGAGACGGAGUUCAAGGUUAUGGUACAGAAGAACCAGAGGAACGUGCUUCCUCUUCAUACCCGGAUCUUCUAAUUGAGUCUAUCAAUGUGCUGAAAACUGCUCAGGAAGCACUAGAAAAUGAAGUGCUAAAGUUCAAGGAAAUCAGCCAACCUACUUCUGUGAAAUAUAUUACUUUGGACGCGCAUCCUGAGUUUACAGAUGCUGGAGCCAAAUUUCGUGAAACAAGCUUCGUGCAGUUGCCAACUAGUGAAGGUAUACCACCUGAUUCUCCCCGGACAUUACUCUCCAAGUUGAUGGAAAUCGAAAACACAGAUGAACAACGAGAACUUGAGAAUCUGUUUGUGCAAAGGAUUGAAGCAGAAGUUGAGUAUGUCCUAAUAUCAAAAAUGGUUCAGAACCAUAGGUAUGGAACAUUUGCAGAGCAGUGCCAAAUGUUAUACAAAUCCGGAGAUAAAACUACAACAUUUAAGAAAGAUUCUUGGAAGAUGGUAAACUUUGAAAGCACUGCUAGUGCUGAUGAAACACUGAAGCUACAGAAGAGGGUGUGUGUGCACACUUUGUAUUUUUCUUUGCAGUUAUUCUUGUUGCUUCUGAUUUUGGGAGUCCUUAUCUUCCAAUUUUCUCCAAAUUACAUUGAGUCCGUUCCCACAUGAUUUUAAGGCGAGCUCACCUUAUAUGUCCAGUAUUCCUUUUCUUUGGCGAGCUCAUUUGUAGAUGAAUGUCGAGUAGCAGCUCUUGAUUUUUUUGGAUUGUAGAAUAGCUCAUCCGCUGCAUUCAUUUGCAAUGCUAUAUGCACUAUCCAAAUGAAGGUGGUUCACUGGUGAUGCCAUGGCCUUAGAGAAUUGCUUGAGAUGGAAGGGAAGGGAAGACAAGUUUGGACCUCAAAUGCCCAUUGAAAUACCAACUCAGAAAGUUAUCACAAACAUUGAUAUGUUUUUUUCUCUAUAGAUGUGGAGGCAGGGGGAAUGAAACACUCAAGCUUAACUAUGCGGUCGCUCAAAUUGUUGCAUAAUUUUUGUGUCGAUUUCAAACAAGUAGAUGAAAUUUGUUUUAAAUGAUAGUAGUUUUGUAUGUUUUGCAUUCA